CAGCCCCUCCUCCGCUCGCGGGAGCUCCUGACAGACGAGGGGGCGGUGCGCCCGCUGACCGAGCGCCUGAGGGGCCCGGCCCAGAGUUGCCAAGGAGUUUUCGCGUCCCUCCCCACCCCUCAAGGAAACCUUGUCCCCAAGUCCCUGUGUCGUGGCACCCUCGUCUAGCGCUGUGCCUGCGUCACACAGGCAUGUGACGUCACUCGUCACCCUGUGACGUAACCCGUCGGGGAGCGUGAGGCGGUAAGGCAUCCCGAGGCCCGCUCGGUCCGUUACCCCCGUAGAAUGGCCUCACCCCUUCGGGGAAAGCCCUCGCGGCCCCGGGCGGCGGCCGCCCGCUACGAGGAGACGUCGACGGUCCGCGUAGAGACCUCGUCCCACCGCGUGGAGACAUCCUCCCGCCAGGUGCAGACGUCUUCCCGGCGGGUGGAGACCACCCAGCACUGCAGCGAGGGGCCCUCCGUCUCCCCCUCUAGGAAACGGCUCCCUCGCGUCGUCGAGGUGUCCCAGCACGUGGAAACCUGGCAGCGCACGGAAACAGCCUCCCGCCACGUCAGGGCCUCGUGCCUGCGGGUGGAGACGUCUCUGCACCGCGUAGAGAGCCCGCCGCGGCAGGAGCAGCCGGCUGGCCGCCAGAAUGUCCAAAAGGCCCCAUGAGAUGCUUCCUUCUCCAGGGCCACGACAGGGCUAUGGCCCGUGGCCAGUGCAGAUUUGCCUCCAGUUCGCAGCCGGCCUCCUGCCAGGUGGACCGAUUCCCUUUGGUUUCCUGGAAACAGUCCACAAUCCACAAAUCAAUGUAAGAAAGAGCCAAGCUGUGGUUUCGGGACUCAGCCAACAUUCACUGACCCAGCUGCACCUUGGACCAUCCUGCCUUUGACCCUGUGAACUGUUUUAACUUGAAACCAGCACAAAAAUUUCGGGCCCCGGAUACUGUAUGAAUUGAGUCGAUCGAUGGACAAAGAGGCUCUUUGAACCUCCCAGACAGACUGACCUUCCCAUUGACUGAGAAACCAGACCUCGGAUAAGUGAAUUCACCUCUCUGGGCCUCACCGCCCCCACUGAAAAUGACAUCUUUGGACUAAUCUUUAGAUCUGUGACUCCCAAAGUGAGAAAUUGCAGACACUGCUGAUGUGCAAGAUUACUUCAGGAGGCAAAACCAACCCCUGGUGACAGAAAUCAGAUAGUGGUUGCUUGAAGAAGGUGCAGACUCCUGGAAGGGACAAGAGAAGCUUCUUAGGGUAAGGAGAUGGAAGUGGGGUGUUGCUUACAUGUUGUAUACAAUUGUCUAAAUCAUUGAAUUUUAUACUUAAGGUCUGUGCAUUUCGCUGAAUUUAAUCAUAUCUCAAUUUAAAUUUUAGCUAUUGAAUGAGGGAAAAAGGUCGAACUUAAUAUGCCCUGAAGUGGAAUACUCUCCAACUAAAUUAAGGAGGAGGAGUGGAAACAAGGGCAGGAAAUGUAUGUAGUUUACUCCCGGUUUGACAAAGAGGACAUGAUUCUAGCACCUAAACUUGCAGACGGUCUGCCCUCCGAAUCUGUGAGUUCUGCAUCUAUGGAUUCAACCAGUCACCAUACAGGAUCAUGGAUUAGGCAGGGUCAACUAUACGAGGCCAUUUUACAUAGGGAACUUGAGCAUCCACAAAUUUUGGUACCCAUGGGGGUCCUGAAACCAAUUCCCAAAGGCCGAAUGUAUAUGUAGCAUUUCUGGAAGCACAUGUAAGAAACUAUUGGACAAUGGUUGCCCUUCUGGAGGGGCAUGGAGGUCUCAAAGGCUGACCCUGGGAGUUCCUGUUGUGGCUCAGUGGUUAACGAACCCGACUAGUAUCCAUGAAGAUGUGGGUUCGAUCCAUGGCACUGCUCACUGGGUUAAAGAUGCAGUAUUGCCGUGAGCUAUGGUGUAGGUCGCAGACGCAGCUUGCAGCUCGGAUAACAUGUUGCUGUGGCUGUGGUGUGGGACAGCAGCUACAGCUCUGAUUCACCCCUUAGCCUGGGAACCUCCAUAUGCUGCACAUAUGGCCU